CCCCUUAAUUUUCUGUUUUAACUAAAUCAAUAGAAAUAUCUCAUUUAAAGUCUUUAUUGUGGUAGUCAUUAGUAACCUAAUAAACCAAUGAAUUGGAACAAUUUAAGUUGUAUCUAAUAACUAGUUAUAACGAAUCAAAGUUAGUACAGCAACGUCGUGCCAACAAGUUCGUCCUGGCGUGCAGAAGUUUCGACAACCGUCUAAACUCCAGUGCACAUUGCCCAAUAACUGUGUAAAAACUACAUACACAUAAAACACAAAAACCCGAUAAUUUCCACAUCUGUCGAUUUGGUUGCGAUAGAUAAUAGGCAUUUUCAGAUUGCGUUAUAUAAGCGAAAGAGACGCACUGAGCAGAAAUCCACAGGAUUAGUGAAAGUAUUUUGCCGAAUAUGUCUGCAAAUGACUGAAGAGCGUUAGUUAACAUGUUGCGGACUAGUUUGUUAGUUUGUGCCGUCUUCCAUUCGGUCUAUGGGAUUAUAGACAUUCAACCAAAAUACAUAAGUACUUGUAAAAUUAAGAACAAUCCAGAUUUCGCAAAUUGUUCGACAAUUUCAGUACAGGGAUUGUUCAAUGAAAUUCCAAAAGGGAUACCAGAAAUCGGACUGGAACCCCUGGAUCCUCUGAAGGUUGAUAAAAUUAAAAUUUUACAAGGAGGAGGUGGUCCCGUAACAGUAAAUGCCUCGCUAACAAAUGUGACAGUGGUAGGAUUCGGCAACACAAAAGUUGUACAUAACACAGUUGACAACAAAACAUAUGACUUCCAUACGAAACUGCACCUUCCCAGACUGCGAAUCGAUGGAGAAUACGAACUUUUGGGAAGAAUUUUGGUCAUACCGCUCAGGGGCAAGGGUACCUGUUGGUUCGAUGCAAAGAAUUUGGACAUCUACGCAAAAAGUGACGUCAACCUCAUCGAACAUGAUGGCUUCCAUUUCUUCAACGUGAGAGCGGUCCACGUGAAAUUCAGUAUUGGAGGUCUGAAAUUGCACAUGGGCAACCUAUUCGACGGGAUCAAGGCUUUAGAGGAAUCAACGAACGCCUAUCUCAAUGCGAAUUGGAGACCAGUAGCUGAGUCACUGAAUCCGAUCCUGUCCAAGACCAUCGAGGAUAUUAUGAUUGACAUAUUGAAGAAGGUCUUCGAUAACAUACCAGCCAAUUUUUGGAUUUCGGAUCUAAAGUGAUUUGGCGGUUUUUAGUACUAGGAUCUUCGAUCUCAUGCAAAAUUUGUUGAAUAAGUUGUUUUUUAAUUCAGAUGUGUUAUUUUUGAUUUUGUAUUGCAUGCAUCGGAGGUCCUAUCUUACGAAUUAAUUAUUUUAUUUGAACAAAUUGGUACAUAAAUGCGGGUGCUUUCAAGAGGUACUGAAAUCGUUUUGAAAAUUUUAAAAUUUACAUUAGACAAACAAAAAAUUAUACCUAAUUUGGUUUAAAUGAUAAAAUAUUAGUGAUAAAUUAUUUUUGAGGUGUUAUGACAUGUAUUUUGUUCCCUGACACUUUUUUGAGACAACAUUAUUUAUGAAAUCAGUAUUAAGUCAAUAAAUUACAGACAGAAUAAAAAUAUUAUUAAUAUUAUUAUUAUAAAUAUCAAUUUUGAAAAUAAAUAAAAGCAAAAAAAGUCCUUAGCUGAUUGUUGACAAUUGUUUUUCCAAAUUAAAGAGUCCUUGAAUCCCAGAAUAAAACACAUGUUUCUCAACUCACCUGAAAUAUUUUUGAGAAGCGUGACCAUGAUUCACUCAAAAAAUACUUUCAUGUAAACAGCAUUUGGUAGUAACCAUGUAAUUUGUUUUUCAGAUAAAAUCACAUUUUCAUUCUCAAUUAUUGAGAUUUUACUUUUACUUAGCUUAAUGUAUAUUUUUAGUGUGCAGUUGUUGUGGUGUUUAUAGAAUCAUUCAACUGAUAAAAGUGUUGUAUAUU